AUGUCAAUCGACCUUCGUCCCUUCGAGAACUCUCACUCAGAUCUUGUCCCGAGAAUUCGCCACGCUGAAACAGCUGCAUAUGAAUAUUGCCAUAUGUUAUGGAAGGAGAGUUGCAGAGGAAGUCAGGUCAACGAGGAUCAAUCCUUGCCUCGAAAAGCACCAAGGCUGGUGUAUCCCCCGGUCUUGGAGAAGAAAACGCCAAAGCCAAAACCGGUCCUGGAAUAUCAUUUGAUUGAACAGAAAAUCACCAGCGCAAUCACUGAUUUCAAGGCUGGCAAAUACACAAGCUUGGCUGAAGCUGGAAGGGCCAACGGGAUCACUGAGAGAUCUGGAUACUUUCGACUCCGUGCUCGUGCAGCUGGAAGGGCGUCCAAGUCCGAUCGAAUCAAGAACGGCAGCCAACGUCUCAGCCCAGAACAAGAAAUUAUCCUGUGUCAGUAUGUUGACAGUCUAGACGAUAUCCGCGCCUUACACCGCAAGAUUGGCGAAAAGGCGUACAGCAUGUUAUGUGAAAAUCUCGCGGCAGACGAAGCGCUACCAAAGCCGCUGGGCAAACAAUGGCCCGCUCGGUUCCUGGAACGUCAUCCAGGUAUCAUGGCUCGCCGACCGAGGCCUCUUACUGCGUCAGAAACCAGAGAGCCAGAAAACGAGUCAAGUCUGCCCUUACCCAAUGAAAAAGAAGCUCGUACGAUCGACAUAAGCAACGAUGAGCCACAGCUUUUUCUCGACUGUCAGAGAUACCUCGACCGCUCCCCUGAGGUGGAUGAUGAGACGACCAUUCAGGUCCAGUCUCCCUGCACAGGCCCUGCAGCCCCAGCUAACGUCUUGAUUGUCACUUGCGGCACGAGCAGUGUCGACAGAAACGUGUCAUCUCCUACAGCAACUCCUCCUGAUCGUCCAGCAGCCGGAAGCUCUACAGCAACUUCUUUUUUGUCGGCAAUAAAGAGUAGUCUUGCCGAACAUAGAAUGACAUUCUCAAGCCGUCUUACGUGA